GAUCGAAACGUCACGAUAAAGAAAAUGGUUUUCUAAACAUCUCGCAAUCUCGAAAUAAUCUUAAUUUACUGUAAUUUGUGUUUGACGUUUUGUAGUUAGGCGGGAAUAGUUGCUGUUGGUCAGUUGAAAAAGGAGGAAUGUCAGAAAUUUCCGGGGUGGGGGGCGUGAAGGCGGAAUGCGGUCCGUCGGCUCCUGCCCGUCCCGCCCUAGAUUUUCUUAUUCUUAGUGUCAAAAAUUUGAGGUUACUUCAAACAUGUGCUUGAUGUGAAAAUGUGUCUCCUGCUGUGUGAAUUGUUCGAGUUUUUCGACGAUGGCCUCGUUGGCAUCCCGGCCGGCGAGCGGUUGUGCUUCACGAGGGCGAAGCGGGAGAGUUCGACGCGUGACUUCAUCGCCGUCCUGCCUCCCGACUCGAGAAACUCCCGUCCCGAGCCGAAGGAUUUCGACGGCCGGCUGAAAGAGGCGAAGCCCCGUCUGGUGGAAUUCGUCCGGUUUGACGUGACCGACUCGGAAGUGCUCGUCUCUCUCAGGAGGGAGCUUUCGUUCAGAUCCGGCCUGAAAGCAGUCGGAGACCUCGGCGAAAAGUACGGGACCAACGAUCUCCUCGCCGGAAAGAUUGUUUGUCUGAAGAAAGAUGUGAGAAUGACUGCCACGUCACUCACCGAGUUGAGAAUCCUGAAGGUAUUCGAUGUAGUGUCUCGCCUUGUCAGUUAUUGUGGAGGGACCAUUGUUGCCGAUAGUGUCGAUCAUGAUAUCAGUCCUGACGUAAAUCUUAUUCUAACUUACAAGAGUACACUCUCAAAGAACGAGGUACAAAAUUUGAUGUUAAUAGGAACCGUAAAUGGUUCGAAGAAAUCACCGAAGUCCAAUACAACCCCCGAUGAUUAUGAAAAGUCGAGGACGAAGGAUAUAAAGUCUAUGUGUGAUAAUAAAUUGGAAAGAAAUUGUACUUUUAAAAAUGUAAGUGAUCUCGUCCAUACUACAAUAUCCUUUGAUUUGAUUCAAACAAAUCUUAGGAAACCUGUCAUACUCAAUUUACAAGAGGCAAAAAAUUCCGAGACAUCUUCUUGCAAAGGUGCUUUAUUCGUAAUGUAUAAUUUUGUCAGAUUGUCAACUUUAGUUUCAAAAUAUCAAGAUUUAGUAAAAUCGUCUGUGUAUCCAACUUUGCCUGAGUUGGACAAUACCGACUUAUCCCUCUUGACCCAAAAUGUAAGUAAAGAAGAGUGGAAAAUUAUGUUGGAUUUUAUACUAUACUGGCCUGUAGUCGUAAAAGAGGUGGUUGAAGGAUUGGAAAUUGGAAAGCCCAAAAUUCACCUUUUGUUCAAAUACCUCACAGAUUUUUCUACAACUUUUAGCCUGUACUAUCAUCGGAUCAAGAUCCUAACAGAACCCAGGCCCCAUUUAAUUCCAGUCCUACAUGCCAGGGUACACUUGAUGUUAGGUUUGUUGCAAGUUGUGAAAAACGCUUUCAACGUAAUCUGUCUACAACCUUUGAAUCAUAUGUAA